AUUAUACACUGAUUUCCCCAUUAUUUCAUGUAUUUCAUCUGUCGUGCAUGUCAGUUUUAAACCACGCAGUGAUCCACGUUAAAAGCCUCAGGAUUUACGUUUGCUUGUUGGCUCACUUGAGACAUCCCUGUCCGGCGGUAUAAUGGUGUGACAGAAGCUUGCUGUUUAUUCCUUCGUCAUUGGAUCUGUUGAGCAUGUCACUAUAAAUACACCGGGCUGCAUGCUUGUGAAGUCCAGCGAGGCGGCUCAGGGCCACGGGUCAGAGUCAGAGUGGAGGCCAUGGGCCGGGCGGAGGAAAGAAGGAUGACAAGGAUAAGAAGAAGAAAUAUGAACCUCCAAUUCCAACUAGAGUGGGGAAGAAGAAGAGGAAGUCGAAAGGGCCAGACAGUGCUAGCAGGCUGCCUUUGGUCACCCCUCACAGCCACUGCCGACUGAAGCUGCUGAAGCAGGAGAGGAUCAAAGACUACCUUCUGAUGGAGGAGGAAUUCAUCCGGAACCAGGAACAGAUGAAACCGCUGGAGGAGAAGCAGGAGGAGGAGAGGUCAAAGGUUGAUGACCUGCGGGGAUCUCCCAUGUCAGUUGGGACGCUGGAGGAGAUCAUAGAUGACAACCACGCCAUCGUGUCCACAUCUGUGGGGUCAGAGCACUAUGUCAGCAUCCUGUCCUUUGUGGACAAGGACCUGCUCGAGCCUGGCUGCUCUGUGCUGCUCAACCAUAAGGUCCACGCUGUAAUUGGAGUGCUGAUGGAUGAUACAGACCCAUUGGUGACAGUCAUGAAAGUGGAGAAGGCCCCCCAGGAGACUUACGGUGACAUUGGAGGCCUGGACGGCCAGAUCCAGGAGAUCAAGGAGUCAGUAGAGCUUCCACUUACCCACCCUGAGUACUAUGAAGAGAUGGGGAUUAAGCCCCCCAAAGGGGUUAUUCUGUACGGGCCUCCUGGAACAGGGAAAACCCUACUGGCCAAGGCAGUAGCCAACCAGACGUCAGCCACUUUCCUGCGGGUUGUGGGCUCGGAGCUCAUCCAGAAGUACCUUGGCGAUGGGCCCAAGCUGGUCCGGGAACUCUUCCGGGUGGCUGAGGAGUAUGCCCCCUCCAUCGUCUUCAUCGACGAGAUCGAUGCCAUUGGCACCAAAAGGUAUGACUCCAACUCCGGUGGUGAGCGGGAGAUCCAGAGGACGAUGCUCGAGCUACUGAACCAGCUUGAUGGGUUUGACUCACGGGGAGACGUUAAGGUCGUCAUGGCCACCAACCGCAUAGAAACCCUUGACCCCGCUCUGAUCCGACCAGGAAGGAUAGAUCGGAAGAUUGAGUUCCCACUGCCAGAUGAGAAGACAAAGAGGAGGAUUUUUCAGAUCCACACCAGCAGGAUGACCCUGGCUGAGGAUGUGACACUGGAUGACCUCAUCUUAGCUAAGGAUGACCUUUCAGGGGCCGAUAUCAAGGCAAUCUGCACGGAGGCCGGACUGAUGGCCCUCAGAGAACGUCGGAUGAAAGUCACAAACGAGGAUUUCAAGAACUCCAAGGAGAACGUUCUGUACAAGAAACAAGAGGGCACUCCCGAGGGGCUCUACCUCUGAUCUCUGCUGCCCCCUGUCACACUCCAAGGGUACUGAAACCUCUGCUACUUCCCCGAUUCUUUUUACUCCAGGUCACGUUGGAUCUAUUUUCUGGUUCAGUUUUGAAUUUACAAAUAAAUAUUUAAUUUCAAAAUG